CUUCCGGGAAUCUCUUCUGGAUUUUUAAUCGUAAAAGUGGCCAUAUUAUGCCCUCGACGAUAGAAAAUUCAAACUUUUACAAAAGCUCCUUCCUCGGGAGCGGACGAUUCGUGUCGGAAAUUGCCGGAAUCAUCCAAUUGACUCACCCUCGCACCCUCUCUUCUAUAACACGGGUAAUGAUUCCGAUUCAUUGAAAAAGAGCAUCGUCGUGCAGCGAAAACGUGGAAAAAACAUGAUUAGAAGAAUCGAGUCCGAGGGAAAAGUGUUUUCCUUUGGACGGACUCGGCUGGGGUCGUGUGGACCUUCUUUCUACUCCUACUAGUGUGGAUCUCGUGAUCGUGGUGAAUAGUUUAUGUUUAUACGUUUCUACGGAGGAAAGAGCAGUGUGCAUGAAUUACAUACCAGAAAUGCGUGGUCUGUGCGAGAGUUAACGAAAUAAUUAAUCCGACGCGGGUUCCAUAGCGAGGGAUGCGAAGCAUUUCUGGAAACGUUCUCACGCUCACCGAGAAGAAAAGGCAUGUCCACCACCGUUCGUACUAAUGCACGUUCGAUCUGUUACGUCGUCGAUUCGAGAGAAUAUGUUUGUCGAGCUACGUGAAACAUCGCACGGGUGCAUAUGAUUCAUAAGAAAUCCCGUGCCAAAGUCGACCGUUUCAGGGUCACAUACGGAAUACAGGGGACUCUGAGAUGUUAGAAGUUGGUCUGAGAGUUGUCCGUGGACGAGAUUGGAAAUGGGAUGAUCAAGAUGGUGGAGAAGGACAUGCCGGAACAGUUGUAGAAAUUGGCAAGCCACCCUCUUCGGGAAAUUCAGCUUCCAGUCCCAAUCCUUUGGAAAGAACUCCGGACAAAACGGUCAUUGUCGAGUGGGACCAUGGCUCCAGAAGUAAUUACAGAAUCGGAUACCAAGGUGCUUACGAUCUCUUGGUGUUCGACAAUGCAGCCACCGGCGUUAAACACGCGAACAUUAUCUGUGAUGGAUGUAAGAGACACGGGAUAAUCGGUAUCAGAUGGAAGUGUGCUCAUUGCCCAGAUUACGACCUGUGCACUCAAUGCUACAUGGCUGACAUGCACGACCUGAGUCACACGUUCCAAAGAUUUCAAACAGCUAACUCCGUGGGGGUCCAACUAACUCAGAGAAAAGGCUGUCCUAAGAUACCUUUGAAGGGAAUAUUUAUCGGAGCAAAGGUUGUCCGUGGUCCAGACUGGGAAUGGGGAAACCAAGACGGAGGGUCAGGAAAAACUGGUAGAGUCAUGGAUAUACGAGGCUGGGACAAUGAAAGUAGUCGUUCCGUGGCAACCGUAACGUGGUCCACGGGCAACACGAACGUGUACAGACUCGGGUACAAAGGUUGCGUGGACCUAACAUACGUGGAGGAAGCCACGAGUGGCACGUACUAUAAAGAUCAUCUUCCUCUGCUUGGUCAGCCCAUACUAACUGUACCCGAAAACGGAAGCAGCUCGACCCCAACCAGGAGUAGUAUUCCUUACACUAUGUCUAGUCCGUGUCUUAACUUAACGUUCAACGUAGGAGAUAAAAUCAAAGUAUUGGUCGACGUAGAUACCUUGAAAGAGAUGCAGGAAGGUCAUGGUGGUUGGAAUCCACGUAUGGCCGAAUAUAUAGGGAAGGUUGGCAAGGUCCACCGGAUCACAGACAAAGGAGACGUUCGCGUGCAAUUCGAGGAAUGCAAUAAUAGGUGGACUUUCCAUCCAGCAGCACUCACAAAGGUCACGUGUAAAGACACAUUCUCCCUAGGCGAUAUAGUUCGGGUGAAAACCAAUUUGUCUGCCGUGAAGCUUUACCAACGAGGUCACGGAGAGUGGAUAGACGUCAUGAAGAACGCUCUUGGAAAGACAGGAAAAGUAAUCAAGAUAUAUUCCGAUGGCGACUUGCGAGUAGCCUUGGAUGGUCACACGUGGACGUUCAAUCAGAUGAGCGUCACUCUGGUUCCUCCUGGAACCGAGAUUGCCUCUGUCCCGGACGAAGCAGGCAGAAGCUGGUCAAGUGAGGGUGUGGACACAGAGGUUGAGAAACUACUGAGAGAUGCGGUUAGAGGAGAAGCAGGAGUAUCGGCGGUUCAGGAAUUCCUGAAGAAGUACCCAGGCAGAGUAGACGCAAGAGCCGGUGGUCCCGGUGGUGGAAAAAAGACCUGCCUGCAGGUCGCAGCUCAUCAAGGUCAACGAGACCUCUGUAUCCUUCUACUGGAUGCGGGUGCUUCGUUGCGGGCGGUGGACGAGGAUGGAGACACGCCUCUUCAUUAUGCUGCAUUCGGCAACCAGCCAGAAAUAAUGGAGUUACUGUUGUCACGGGGUGCACCUAUCAAUGCCGUGAACAACGGCAAAUGUAGUGCGCUGCAUGUCGCUGUCAACAAGAAACACGCACAGUGCGUAAAGGUCCUGUUACGCCACCACUGUGACGUUAAUCUGCAAGAUUCGUACGGAGACACCGCGUUGCACGACGCCAUCGGCAAGGACGCCAUAGGAAAAGACGCUUUGGAUAUCAUCGACGCACUCUGUUCGUGCGAAACGGUGGACUUCACCUUGAAGAACAAGCGUGGCUUCAACGUGUUGCAUCACGCUGCUUUGAAGGGCAAUGCCCACGCGACUGAGAAAUUGGUAACGCGAGCCAGGCACCUGGUAGAUGUGAAGAAAGAAGAUGGCUUCGCGGCGCUCCACCUAGCAGCCUUGAACGGCCACAGGGACGUUGCUGCAAUACUUCUUUCUCAAAAUGGCGGUCACGCGAAAGUCGAUUUGCGUAACAAUCGUCGCCAAACACCGCUGCACUUGGCCACGUCUCAGGGUCACUGGGCCCUAGUGGAGCUGCUGGUGCAUCACAAUGCCGAUAUCGCCAGCACAGACACCAGCGGCGACACGGUCCUGCAUAUCGCUGUAGUGAAAAGUCCGAAUCAAACGAACGUUGUCCCCACGCCGGAGAGUUGUCGAGACUCGCCUUUGAUUUAUGCUACAUGGCAGAACUUGGCUAGACAAGGUAUCAAGACGGAACUGGCGUUGGCUUGUUAUCUAGUGAGCGUCGACAGAAGCUGCACUCUAUUGGAACACGCGAGGAACUCGAAGAGCAAAACACCUUUAGACCUAUUGGAAGCGGAACCACAGCUCGCACCGUACACGGAUUUAUUGCGCUGCUACCAAUACAGUCACAGAGCUCCGUUAGAGAUAGAGAAUCCUCCAACCUCGCAGAGUUCAAUGUACCAGACAGAUCCUGCGUCGCAGUCGGAAAUGGUGCGUGGGCCCAGGAAGGGCGGCAUUUCCGGUUCUGAUGACAUUUCCGAGUGUCACGGUUGUUUAGGUAUAGUAACGAACGCAAUCGACGAUGGGGACAGAUUAAAUCCUAGUAGUAGCGUCGCGAUCAUUAACUGUGCCCAUUGCGGUCAUGGAAUUGCCGACACGCAGGCGAUUCCAGAUGUGGAUGGUCAAUCGGCCGCUGCAGAAAUCUCCUUGGCAAAGCCGGACGAUAAGGUGAAGGACGCUGCGUUGGAAGACAAGAAGAAGGAGGAGAAUCAGAAGAAGGAGAGAGAAAAAGAUAAGGAUUUAGAGCGUUUACGUUACUUGGAGACCAGGGUAGCCGACCUAGAGGAAGCCAACAUGUGCAGCAUCUGCAUGGAGCGUCGUCGCAACGUUGCAUUUCUCUGCGGCCAUGGAGCCUGCGAGCACUGCGCGAAUCCGUUGAAAACUUGCCACAUGUGUCGCAAAGUAAUCACAAAGAAAAUCAAUUUGUACUAGACAAUCAAUGAACGUAUCCAGGAAAAGGGAGAAUCUUUCUCUUUUCCUGGUGGCAAAAGUACAUUUGUUAGAAGUGUAAAAAGAUUAAAUUACCCAAAACUUCAACUGCCAAAAUAUACAGGUUUCCUUGAUUUUCUUUUCUUUUUUUUUGUAGUGUAAAAAUGUUUACGAAAAAGUCUUCUCACUGCACCAUCGUCGUGCCAUAGAUCAUAAACGAACGACAUCCACGAACAUAUCACGAGGCCAAUGUAAACACAGGGCACACGCCGAGCUUUAUUUUCACGUGUUCGGUUUCACCUUCAACCUAUGUCAAAUGUUCAGAUUCAUAGACGGUGGCACACGGUUGCAUUUGAACGACGCACGGAAAACGCGUUUUUCUUUAUAGUGAACGACGCUUCGCCUGUUGCAAUCCCGUCCAUUUUUUAUCAUAAUUUUGAGAAUACAAGUAUCUUGUAAGGAUUUUCAAUCGUGUACUGAAACGCGCUACUACUUCAUUGGGCAGGAAACAGUGUUCCGGAACCUGUUCUUCCGAAUGGACGAUCAUGUAAACGGUAGAGUUCGCGCGUCGACUAUCACAGGCUUUCGUACAUAUCGUACAUACCUUUCACGAUACAUUAUGUAUAUUGUUAAAGAUUGUAGAAUACGUGACCGAUUUAUAUUGUUUUAUAUGUACCAUCGAUGUGACAUUAGCGAUAUUAUAAUUCUAAGAAUGAUAAGAGACGUACGUAAGUCGUAAAAAAUAUCAAUGGAUAUCACCCCAUAGCCAAAAGUUAAACAGGUAUGAAAAGAAACCGAUACAUUUACCGAAGUAAUCUUAUAGUCUCUUUGUGAUCGAAUAAUGAAAAUAAAAAAGGGUCGUCGAGUACCGUUAAUGAUACUCUUUUUAUUGUAUGUGCCACGAUGAAACUGAUAGUUUCCAGUACAAAUUUGUAACGAACGAACAAAUUUUGUUGUAUUGAAAAACAUUUGCAAUCGAAGCAUAGAACUUAGAAGAUGAAGACAGGAAUUUUUCCUUGCGUGUUAUCGUUUUCCAAAUGAAUUGCACAAUUAUUUUCACCUAUUUCAAUCUGUUGGGAUAGUCAGAAAUGUUUGCGACGACAACCGGCUUGUUGAAAGGACAAUGAUGAUUUCUUUCGUAAUAUAAUGGUUGUAUUGUCGCGAAGUCUGUGUUUGCGUGUAACUACAACAAUUCUUUAAUACUUAUAUAAACUAUAGCAGCAUAACUUCUAAGCGUCAAUCGAUUUCUACAGUUUCACGUGAUUCGAGACGUAAUUUAAAAUAAACAACGUUAAAGAAAAA